AUGGAAGACAAUGUUCAUAUUGACAAGUUGCAGGUCGAUGCUGUAGUAGGACCUGAUUUUUGGGAUCGUAAGGAUCCACAGAGAUGUUUCAUUACUAUGAAGAUGUUGACGGAUUUCAAUAAAGCUGCCGCUAGUGAUGAUCUUCGAUACUCUCUAAACUACGCAGUCAUAUCGAAUGAUGUCACUAGAUUUAUCAAUUCUCAAAAUGAUUGGGGUUCGUUAGGCAAGGCUUCAAGGAUGACUUCUAACUAUUUAAUAUCCAAAUACCAAGGCAUUAAAAAUUUGGAAUUGAGUCUCCAAACGAAGACUGCUCAUGUGAGAUGCGAUGACAUUUCUGCCGUCGUGGACACCAGAAAUCAGGAUUACGACAUCUUACGGAUUUCUAACUUCAAAUUGUUAACAUUGUUGGGGGUUUUCACUUUUGAAAGGUUGCGUAAACAGUUUGUGACGAUUGACUUGGAAUUGCCAUGGACAAAGGACAGUUUACAUUCACCACCUUACAAGGGCAUUAUUGAUAACGUGGCAGAAUAUGUGGAAAAUUGCAAUUUCAAGACUGUGGAAAGUUUAGCAGAAUCUGUUGCCAAGGUUGUAUCACUAGAUAAAUAUUUCCAAGAACGUCCUGGAUUACCCAUCACAGUGAAGAUUAUUAAACUGAAUGCCAUAACCAAUACAGAUGGGGUUGGUGUGAGCUGUCAGAGAACUUCUAAAGAGUUAGAAUCGUUCCAAUUGUCGAACAAAGCUGUCCCUUCGAAAGGUACUAAAGAGUUCGAUCUACCCAUAUAUUCCGAUGAAAUCAAAACCAACACUGAUGAUAGAUGGAACAAGGCAUAUUUGGCAUUUGGGUCAAAUCUAGGUGACAGGUUUCAAAACAUUCAAUUGGCCAUAGAUCUUCUGAAAACGAAUCCUCAAGUGACAGUAAACCAAGUUUCUUCAUUAUUUGAAAGUGAACCGAUGUAUUUCACCAAUCAAAAUCUUUUCAUGAAUGGUUGUAUUGAGAUCAGUACCAACUUGAAGCCACUAGAAUUGCUCAAACUUUGUAAGGAAAUUGAAUACAAAGAGCUGAAGAGGGUCAAACAAAUCGAUAAUGGCCCCAGAACUAUUGACUUGGAUAUUAUCAUGUAUCUGAAUGCAGACAAUGAACAAGUUCUACUAAAUGAUUCCGAACUGACAAUCCCACACGCAAGAAUGUUAGAAAGGUCAUUUGUGCUAGAACCCCUUUGUGAAUUAGUACCGUUUGAUUUAAUCCACCCCUUGACUUGCGAACCAUUGACUAGCCAUUUAAGCCAAAUAUACGCCAAGGGUAAUUUAGAGGAUCAGUUGUGGAAAUUAAUCCCAUUGCCUACAAUCAAUGGCCACAAUCGGUUUCUCAAAUUUAAGACCGUUGAAAAAUUUGAUGAUUUUACUGGCAAGACAACAAUGGUUUCCCAAUCACCUUCAUACAUGAUGUGUGUCUUGAAUACAACACCGGAUUCAUUUUCAGAUGGCAAUGAAUUUUAUCACAAUCUGGAUAAGCAGUUAGAUCGUGUGCAGCACAUGUAUGAUGAAGGUUUGAAACUGCACGAUUCUAUCAUAAUUGACAUCGGAGGCUGUUCCACUAGACCAAAUUCAGAACAGAUCGAACAAGAUAUAGAAUUACAAAGAACGGUUCCCUUGAUUAAAGCCAUUAGAAGUCGCAAGGAUUGGGAACAAGAAAAAAUCAUUAUUUCCAUCGAUACCUACAGAUCUCAAGUUGCGUUGAAAACCAUUGAAGCAGGGGCGGAUAUGAUCAAUGACAUUUCAGGCGGAACUUUCGAUGCUUCCAUGUUUGACGUCGUUGCCCAACAUCCUGAAGUUUCCUAUGUCCUUUCCCACACAAGAGGCGACAUAUCCAACAUGGUUCAUAUGGCAAAAUAUGACGAUGACGGAUUAGAGUCAGGAGAUACUCAGACUAAAGAGUUUAUGUUCUACCAAAGACUUCCAUCCAAAACAGGAACCAAUGUCAUUCGAAGUAUUGCAAGGGAGAUUUCAGAUCGUUAUUCCUGGGCAUUACUCAAAAAUGUCCGUCGUUGGCAAUUAGUGUUAGAUCCUGGGCUUGGAUUCGCCAAAAAUGGCAAGAACAACUUGCAAGUAAUAAGACAUUUAUCCCUUUUGAAAAACUAUUGUAAAUUUACAAAGGAUGGUGAAUACGUGAAUUUCCGGAAUAUCCCAAUACUAGUGGGACCUUCUAGAAAGGCAUUCAUUGGUAAAAUCACGGAUGAACCGGAUGCAAGUAAGAGAGAUUUCGCUACAGGUUCGGUGAUAACAUCAUGCGUUGGAUUUGGCGCUGAUGUGAUCAGAAUUCACGACUAUGCCAACUGUUCGAAGGCGAUAAGGAUGGCAGAUGCAAUUUACAAGGGUGUCUAA